ACUGGCUUCAAGUUAUACCAUCGGUAGUGAACCAAGCUGACAAGGAGAUGAAGUCCAGAUCUACAGGUUUCUUAGCUCUCGCUGAAGAACUCCAAUCUUAUAUUCUGAGCCUCCUUCCUUACCGAGAUAUUCUACGUUGUACAACUGUAUGCAGGACGCUUCGCCAGACGUACAUGUCCUCAUCCGAGCUUCAGUAUAUCACUGAACUCGGUGGUCAGCAAUUGCUCCCCGUCUCCGACACAGAUCUCGACAACCACACUCCUAUUUCCAAGCGUCUACAACUUCUGCGGGACAAAGCUCACGCAUGGUUCAAAUUUGAUAUCCACUCUUUCGAAAAUGUUUCUAUACCAAAACAAUACCACGACGCGAAAACAUCUCUCGCCGACAGGCAUCUCUGUUUAUUCAACGAAGAUGAACAAUCGGCCAAGAUCUUUCCAAUACUGCCAAAACCCUCACAACAAAGUAUUGAGCAUGAUUGGCCUUCAGGAUCACUGUGUUCAAUUCCAAAUGCAGAUAGCAUCGAGGUGUUUAUGGACCCGGCGCAAAACUUGAUUGCCAUCGCGUGUAUGAUUGCCGAUGAAACUCUCGAGAUGGAUGACGAGAGGUUGUACAUCGACCUUGGAACCCUGGAUGGAGAUGGUGGCGUCCAUCCCGAAGCUGCCGGAAAGACACUGUUUCUUUCAGGGCUUCCAAGAUGCGAGGACGGUCUCUAUACAAUAGAAAAUUGGAAACUCGAGGGUUUAGGGAGGCAUAUCGCUUUCCGGCGCUCCCUCCUGGUUCAUGAAGGCGGCUAUAAAUUCGGCGAGGAGAUAUGGUUUAUGCAAAUUUGGGACUGGCAACACUCAACAACGUCCAGUUGCGUGCUCAGUGACACAAUAAUAAACCCAGAGGUUGGGGAGUCACUUGAUUUUUGUUUCCUUGGAAACGAUAGACUGUUGAUUGUCAGCAAGGACUUGAAGCUCUAUUCGAUCGAGGAUCUGUCACAGGCACCUCAACUAUUGGCCUGCUUCCUGAUGCCUGUAUCAGUGACGGGCAUACAGUGCCUCCUUCCAAUGGACGACAUUGCACAUAGUUCACAACUGCAGAUGCAAGCACAGCGAACGAUGUGGACCUCAGACCCUAAAAAUCGAAUACUAUCCCUUAUCACACGCACUCGGGAUGCCACAAACUCAUUGGCCUUCAUUAUUUCUACUAGGAUUUUCUUUGACCCCCAAGCUGGGGUCUCUGAUAGAACGGCAGGAAUUCCGUGGGAACAUUGGGGUCCUCUAAAUGCUCGUAUUUUCGUGCACAACUGGCGGUGCAGAGUUGGUGUUAGCGGGAAUCGAGUGUUGCAGGCAUUUCCUACAAUGGACAUGACACUAGUGGAAGAUUACCCGAAUUAUCUGUUGUAUAUGAUGGACUUCAGCCCAUUAGCUGUUGAGCGCCGGCAGGGACUAGGAAGAGUGGUGAGAGAGCCAUCUACGAUAGAAAUUCCCGAAUUGGAGGAGACUUUGACGACCUCCCUGCCUUAUGUGGAGGUCGUGUCAGAUAGAAUAUUUGGUGUCGACCAGGUGAUGGACAUAUGGGUUGACAAAGACAGGAUUUAUUUGCCCAAGUUGAAUACAGAGGAGUCAGAUAGUGAUGGUAUAGCCGAGCUCGAGGUCAUUGAGAUUUAG